GCCAUAUAAACUCAUGAACAUGCUGGUGUAUGAUUGUUCAUGCCAAACAGCUCGUCACAAAAGAAGUGUUUCUGUUGUUGAUGUUAAAGGCACCUUUUGUACUGUUGAGGUACAGUUUUGCUCAUGCUCUCCAGAGUUUGUUCGACUUCUGCAAUUUGGCCUUUGGGGUGGAACACCUACAAAACCAAGAAUUGCAUUUGCAAUUGAGUUUUUUGAAUUGAUUCAUUCUGUGCAGAUGGAAUGCAAGGCAUCAAUAAAAAGCAUUUGUCAUUCAUUUGAAGAGUUUAAUCAUAACCACAUAUUCUCUUCUUAUGCAACACCAAAAAUGUAUCCUGUCAUUAUAGAUGCUUUUGAAGAAUAUAGAAUUUACAGACAUAAACUAAACAUGUUGAGCUGUGUUAUUCCUGAGCUUGAAGAAGGAAAUAUCUGUCCUACUUGUUCCAAAGAGUGUCAUGGUUUUCUUGCUGGGAAUGCUGUUCGAUCAAUGAAUUGCUACAGAGCUCUUGAUGAAACAGCAAUCUUUGGAUUGAGCUAUGCAGUUUAUGUUCUCCAAGAAUUAGAGAAAGAUAAUGUUGAUAAUCCUGCACUCAAAAUAAACAUAUUGUAUGAUGUUGCAUGCAUGUUGGUGAAACACUUACAGGUUAUAGAUCAAAUGCGGCGUUUUAACGAGCGUAAACGCGUUAUUCAAGAUGAGUUCGACGCUCUGAUGCGUAAGAAACGGGCUGCCAAUGCAGUUUCGCUACUCAAAGAAAUGAAAAAGAGAAAUAGGGACUUAGAGCAUGAAAAAGAAGAAGCUAUUGCCGCCGGUGCUGAAAAACGCACGUAA